UGCACAAACACUCGUCUGGCCUUUGCGGUGCCAUGGGCACAAGAAUGGACCAUCGGAGAGUGCUUUAUCCGCUGGCAUUGAAUAUUUUUCUUUGCUUCUGUGUUGCAUCACCUUCAGUGCCCAUAGCAACGGAUCCUAUUCUGUCAACCGUAACGAUACCGACGGUUAUACCAUCUUUGGUGACAAUAUACUCAGUCGUUCCGGCUACCGACGCGACACCAGAUGCCCUGACUAUCACCACCACGAUCGAUGGCCAGACAUCAACGAUAAUAUCAACUGGAGCAAUAGCCGGUUCGAUUACCAGUACGAUUAUCUCCACCAUCACUUUGACUACAAGUCAAGUGGUCGUCAAUACCGUCGGUUAUUCGACAAUCCUGGGGCCAGAUCCAGUCGCAACGACAACUGCUCCGAGUGUCCCCCCAGAUACGGCGACAUCCACAUCUGAAACACCUACAUCGACAACUACAUCUGCAUUAGGCGCGUUGUCGACGACUUCUGCGGUUGGCGAUACCAGCGCUUUGGCGACCUCGAGUGCCAGGUCCACAACGUCAACUUCCAUACAAAGCUUAUCCAUUUCAUCUAGUCCAUCGCCAACCGGAACCAAUGCUUCGGCCCAAGCCUCACACUCUUCAUCCACGUCGAAAGGACUCUCCACAGGUGCGAAAGCCGGGAUUGGUGUUGGCGUCGCCCUGGGAGUCAUCCUGUUAGCUCUUCUGUCGUUUUUGCUUGGCCAGCGCUAUUCGCGGCGUCGCAACGAGCAUGCGAGGAACAAAACCGAUCUAAAUGGCGCCGACGAAAAGGACAUGUUCCGAGCGGGUCGUCCAUAUGAGACAACAGGGCCAAGACGCGAUGCUCUCGGCCUAUCUGCCGGCAAGGGCCAUCCAUAUUCCACGAACACAACAGCAGUUGGCAGUGGGUCGGAAUCCGGGAGCGGCAGGUCCUAUGACAUGCCAGUCUCAAAUUCGUCGAAAAACCGUGCGGACAAUCCGGAACUUUCAGCUUUGCCUGCAAUCGAAAAAGGAGACGAGCCCAUGUAUGUGGGCGUCCCUGCACACAUGUCAGGCUCCAAACGUUGGAGCAUGAAAGAAUUUAUGAAAUGAUGCAUUACCUGUUUGGUCAUCGACCCGUUUUAUUUUUCUGAGCACCUCUCUGAUGCCUUGCGUACCGACGAGAUCUUGCCUUAGGGACGAACUGGCCAAUCAAGAAAGACAUUCAGACUCGGGAAUUGCUACGGAGCCAGUGAGAUUUUUCCAUUUCCGGGAAUACUCAAGUCCAUCCUUUCAGACGCCCACAAUGCGGCUGCGCGCCACUGUCCAUUCCUCAAAAGGACCAAUCCAGCGCGUUCCAGUCCGGGAAACAUCACUGGAGACAGAAACCCAGACACAACUCGAGCCUCCGACAAGUUCUGGAUCGAUCCAUGAACCAGCGAUGUCGGGUCAUCAGGACGCAGGCUAUCUCCCAAUCGUGUCAUAUGUCAAUCCUGUCGCCAACAGCGCCAUUCCACCUCCUACCGAGGCUGGCCAGCGUCUUCCAGAAAACCUAAAUCAGUCCAAAGGAAGACACUUUCAGCCACUAAGGUCGAUGCCCGACUGCCCCGAGCACUCCGAAGAAAAUCGCAGCUUGGGCCCUGGGUCAUUUGACAGUUGAUAUACACUGUUGACACAGUUCUUUUGGUGUUACACACUUCGUCGAAGCGCAUCCUUUUGCUUGAUAUUUGAGGACAUUGAAUCUCUACGACAUGCCGAGUAUACGGAAACGGACCACAGUACGUUUGGGCGAAAGACCAUACGGGGAAAUCAGACAACAUCGCAAUUUGAAGGCAGUAAUAAGGAGGCCCCUACCGCGGUGGUCGCCAGGGAC